UGAGCUGGUUGUUAUGGCUGGACAAGGCCUCGGACUAAACUGAGAGAGGACCCCCGGAACACCCCGUCUCUGUUACGGGACACCCGCCACCCAUGGAGGGCACGGACAUGGACGUGGACGCGGAGCUCAUGCAGAAGUUCAGCUGCAUGGGUACCACGGACAAAGACGUCCUCAUUUCGGAGUUUCAGAGGCUGCUGGGCUUUCAGCUCAACCCAGCCGGUUGCGCCUUCUUCCUGGACAUGACCAACUGGAACCUGCAGGCUGCUAUUGGUGCAUAUUAUGACUUUGAAAGUCCCAAUGUCAACACGCCAUCCAUGUCCUUUGUUGAAGAUGUGACAAUCGGGGAAGGAGAGUCAGUUCCUCCAGACACACCAUUCACAAAGACCUGGAGAAUACAAAACACAGGUGCAGAGUCGUGGCCACCUGGGGUUAGUCUCAAAUACAUUGGUGGAGAUCAGUUUGGGCAUGUAAACACAGUUAUGGUAAAGUCACUAGACCCCCAGGAAAUAUCAGAUGUGAGUGUGCAGAUGCGAAGUCCCACAGCUCCAGGCAUGUACCAGGGCCAGUGGAGGAUGUGUACAGCCACCGGAUUAUUCUAUGGAGAUGUAAUCUGGGUGAUUCUUAGUGUAGAAGUUGGAGGGCUCCUCGGCGUGACCCAGCAGCUGUCCUCAUUUGAGACAGAGUUCAACACUCAACCCCAGCGCAAUGUGCAGGGAGACUUCAACCCCUUUGCCUCGCCACAGAAGAACAAGCAUGACGCCACUGACAACAGCUUCAGAGAUCCCGGCGGAGCCUGGGAACGUACGCAAGAGCCAAUCCAGCAAGAUCAAAACGGACUGUCUCAUAAUGCUGUAAAUAGAGCGUCAAACGGUCUCCAAACCAACCUUUCUGUGAUGACUUAUGGUCAGGGUAUUCAUGGACCCUAUCCAUUUGGACAGAGCUAGAAUGACAAAGACUCCCCCUCCUCUUAUGGUGGAUGAUGAGCUUAACACCAUGGAGUCCUUAAAUACAGAGGAGUCGGAGGGGGGGAGGAACAGUUGUUUUAUAUUGACUCAUGACAACCCUCUUCCCAACCUCAUGGCCCUUUCCACAGAAACACAAACUACAAUGGGGUGAUGGAUUACAUCCGUUACAGUGAAACAUCCCACCAGACAUCAACACCUGGAUUCGCAUGUGUGAACGCUCCAUUUAAGAGUGCUAUAAACCCUUAAGAAUAGAUACACGUGACUAUUUUUAUUUCCACUGUAAAACACGCCUAAUUAAAGGGAAAAUCAACCCUAAACAGUCUGCAUACAAUUUGGUAUUCCCAUGGGUAAUUCAAUACUUUGUUCCUCUGGGUUCCUACACAGGUCUGGAAAUGUUUGAGAAUAGUACAACAUUAAUUGUCAUCAUAGAUCAUUUCUAGGCCUUGAGUAGAUUUCAAAGAAACACUGAAAAGUUGUUGGUUUCAGGUGGGAAAACGUCUCAUCACCAGACAGUUUUUACUAGAAGUGAAUGGAUUAUUUCCAGUUUUCCUCGAGACAAAAGCCAAACAGCCAGUUUCACUCUCAAACCUGGUGCACAAUGUGGGGUGUUAAGCAAUUAGCAUGACAACACAUAUGACCAGUCCUACCAGACGCAGAAACGCAAGAGCAUUGCCAUUCACAAAAGACUAUUAAUAAACCAAAUUGCUCUAGUUCGUAUUCAAGAACUUGAUGGCAGAGAUAGGAAAGAUUUGCAUGUUGACAUCUUGUGAGCAUUCGCAUCGUCAAUUCAAAAUGGUUGAACGAUUACAAAUUAUGCUGUGUGGCGCUAGAAAAUAUGGCACUCUCCAUUAAUUCAUAAAUGUUUUUGUUAAAUGACUUUGUGUCUCUGACUUUGGCUGGAGUGAUGCACCCAAAUUGUCUUUUGACACUUGCGUAUUAUUAAUCGCUGUUGGAAAUGUCAGAGCUUUCUGAGAAGUCAGGUAAGGUAAAAAAUGAAUCCAUGUCUAUCUCGUCUGAAAGGAGUAUCAGUGUUCGGACACGUAUUGAACACCACAUAUUCAAAUUCCAAGAUAUUCAAAGAUAGGAGCAAAUAUCGUCCACUUAUGCAAAGAAAACACGGACCCCCCUGUGUAGGAACCCUGUCGCUCCCAAAGAUAAAAUCCAGAGAACUAAGACACUAAUCUGUUCUGUCAUCAAGCCACACUGUCAGCAGGUUACCAAUUCAGGCUGCAUGAGUCGUGUGGGGUUUUCUUUUUUUUUUUUUCUUUUUUUUUUUAGGGUGGGUUUUCGCUUUAAAUAGAUGCUGAAGCGCAAAAGGAUGCGAGUGAGUCUGAGCAAGUGAGGUAUGAGGAAGGGUUGAAAAAGCCAUCUAAAUCUAUUUUGCCUGAUGAGUGACUGUAGUUUCUGAGUCCACGUCUACAGUAUGUGUACUAGAUAUAUAUGUAUGCGUGUGUGUGAGUGUCUGUCAAGUGUGCAUGUAUGUUGUGGUUUCUCUUUGGAUUUAACUGACUUAAAAAUGGUGUAUACUACUUGGGUUAAGGAUGAUGUGUCUAUUCAAUACACAUCAAUAUUGAGAGAGCUUUGCUGGGCGGGUACCUCUGAAGUAUUGCUGAGUGACUCUGCACCGUUUGGAUGAAUUGACUCACUAAUUGCCCUGUUGUUAUUUACUGUAUUUGCUGUCUUAAUGUGCACUGCAGGUGCGAGAAGUCCCAUUUAUAGCCAGCAGGUGGUGCUAAACAUCAGAUGACCAACUUGACAUCAUGUUAGUCUGUUGUAAAGGAGAAGUGUUAAGUUGAAGCUUGACUCUAAUAAGCCUAUUUGAGGAUGAAUAUCAAUGGUUUGCAUCAGGAUUAGCACUGAUAUUCUGUUACUGCUAUUUGCACAAUGCUGUCCACCACAUCUGAUGAGGAAAAGUGGUAGUUUUAGGCUAAUUGUUGAUUGUGAUACCAGCAUUUUCCAGAAGGUUUUAUUGACUGGUUUGCUCUCCCCUGAAGGCUUGUGUUUUUCACAGCUUUAAAGUUUGUUUUCAUAGUAUUAACCAUAAAAUUCUAAAUGUUAAUUUCAUCACUGCGCCAUUAACUGAUCUUAAAAGUGAAGACUGACUUAUGUUUUAUCUUGAUCACACAAGUUCAGUCAUGCAUAUUUGAGAGUGAGUUACACAGUCUGCUAUCACACCUGAAUUUUUCUUUGCUGUGUUCAUUAUGUAAGACAGUGGAUGUCAUCAUUUAUCUUGGGCUUUAAAAUAAAAUGGGAAACAAUGAUGACGGAAUUAUUUUCUAAUGGGAUAUUUCAUUCAAAAAUAAUUAUUUGUAUUUUUGCAAGAUUUAAUUUAGCAAACUUCCCAGUUGUAAUUUUAAACAUCUAAAUGGUAUUCUUGAUAUCUGGAGUUCAUUGCCUCUAUGAUCAUGUGUACCUGUUGGUAAAAUUCACCAGCAUUCUGUGUUGCAGCACUGCUGAGUUUCUAUUGAGUCAUCUGAGAGUCCUCCUCCCAAACAGUAUACACUGUUCUGCAUUGCUUCUUUUAGUCCCGUCAGUCUUUUUUUUUUUUUUUCUUGUGUGUGUGUGUGCGUGUGUGGUUCUAUCUUGCGAGCUUGCUUUUGUGUGUGUUGGUGUGUAAGAAAGAGAUAGAUGGUGAGAAAUCUUAAUAUUGCUGGAUUCAUUCUCUAGGUUUAGUUUGUGACUGUACGGAUUUGAGAUGGGUGGCAUGGUGAGUGGAUGAGAUGAAAGUUUACAUAGUUCUAAAAUAGCACAUUUAUCUGAAGAGAAACUGUCAAAAUAAAGCUUUUUUUUCCUGUAUCUAUAAUUAAGCAUUUGUAUGAUUAAAUUAACACUGAAA